AUGGAGGAGUUAAGGAGGAGGAACAGAGGAAGACCACAGAGAAGGUUCAUGGAUGUAGAGAAUGAGGAGAUACAGACAGAGGAGGAUGUCCUCCCAGCUGGUCUGACUGUGAGUCCCAGCAGAUCUCAGUUCUUUCAAGGAGAAUCUGUGUCUCUGAGCUGUGAGGAGGACAACAUCUCUGCUGGAUGGACUGUGAGGAGAAACACAACCAAACGUCAGUCUGAGUGUAAAGAUGGAUGGGGAGAACCAGCUGGUUCCUCCUGUAACAUCAACAGCCUCUACAAACAUGAAACUGGAGUGUACUGGUGUGAGUCCAGAGAGGGAGCAGCCAGCAGCAGCAUCCAGCUCACUGUCUCUGGUGGAUCAGUGAUCCUGCAGAGUCCUGUCCUCCCUGUGAUGGAGGGAGAUGACGUCACUCUGAGCUGUCAAACAAAGACUCCCUCCAACCUCCCAGCUGCUUUCAUUAAAGAUGGCUCCCUCAUCAGGACUGAGCCUGCAGGUCACAUGACCCUCCACCAUGUGACCAGCUCUGAUGAAGGUCUCUACAAGUGUAACAUCAGGGGUCAUGGAGAGUCUCCAUCCAGCUGGAUCUCUGUCUCAGGUCAGGAGGUAAAAACGUUCAGGUAUCUGAGUCCUAAUAUAUGUUUGACAAAUAUUUAA